AUGGCGCUGAGGCGGAGCAUGGGGCGGUCGGGGCUCCCGCCGCUGCCGCUGCUGGCGGGUCUGGCCGCUCUGCUGCUCCCCGAGCCCGUGGCCGAAGGCCUGAAGCUCAUGGGAGCCCCGGUGAAGCUGACAGUGUCUCAGGGGCAGCCGGUGAGUCUCAACUGCAGUGUGGAGGGGAUGGAGGAUCCUGACAUACUGUGGAUGAAGGACGGGGCUAUGGUCCAGGGCUUGAAUCAGAUGUACGUCUCAGUCAGCGAGCAGCACUGGAUCGGCUUCCUCAGCCUGAAGUCAGUGGAGCGCUCUGAUGCAGGCCGGUACUGGUGCGAGGUGGAAGACGGGGGCAAAACCAAGAUCUCCCCACCCGUGUGGCUCACGGUAGAAGGUGUGCCGUUCUUCACCGUGGAGCCCAAAGACCUGGCCGUGCCGCCCAACGCCUCCUUCCAGCUGUCUUGUGAGGCUGUGGGUCCCCCUGAGCCUGUCACCAUUAUCUGGUGGAGAGGGGGCACCAAGAUUGGGGGCCCUUUUCCCUCCCCUUCUGUUUUAAACGUAACAGGGGUGACCCAGAGCACUGUGUUCUCCUGUGAAGCUCACAACCGGAAGGGCCUGGCCUCUUCCCGCCCAGCCACGGUCCGUCUCCAAGCACUGCCCGCAGCCCCCUUCAACAUCACCGUGACCAAGCUCUCCAGCAGCAAUGCUAGUGUGGCCUGGACGCCGGGUGCUGAUGGCAGAGCUGUGCUUCAAUCCUGUACAGUCCAGGUGACGCAGGCCCCAGGAGGCUGGGAGGUCCUGGCUGUUGUGGUCCCUGUGCCACCUUUUACCUGCCUUCUCCGCGACCUGGCACCUGCUACCAACUACAGCCUCAGGGUGCGCUGUGCCAAUGCCUUGGGGCCUUCUCCAUAUGCUGACUGGGUGCCCUUUCGGACAAAGGGUCUAGCCCCGGCCAGCGCUCCCCAGAACCUCCAUGCCGUCCGCACGGACGCAGGUCUCAUCCUGGAGUGGGAAGAAGUGAUCGCCGAGGGCCCUUCCGAAAGCCCUCUGGGACCCUAUAAACUGUCCUGGGUUCAAGACAACGGCACCCAGGGUGAACUGAUGGUGGAAGGGACCUGGGCGAACUUGACCCUCUGGGAUCCUCAGAAGGACCUGGUUGUGCGCGUGUGCGUGUCCAAUGCCGUUGGCUGUGGGCCCUGGAGUCAGCCACUGGUGGUCUCUUCUCAUGACCAUGCAGGCCAGCACGGCCCCCCGCACAGCCGAACGUCCUGGGUGCCGGUGGUCCUGGGCGUGCUGACAGCCCUGGUGACGGCCGCCGCCCUGGCCCUCAUCCUGCUUCGAAAGAGGCGGAAGGAGACACGUUUUGGGCAAGCCUUUGACAGUGUCAUGGCCGGAGGGGAGGCAGCUGUUCACUUCCGGGCAGCCCGGUCCUUCAACCGGGAAAGGCCUGAGCGCAUUGAGGCCACACUGGAGAGCCUGGGCAUCAGUGAUGAGCUGAAGGACAAGCUGGAGGAUGUGCUCAUCCCCGAGCAGCAGUUCACCCUGGGCCGGAUGUUGGGCAAAGGGGAGUUUGGCUCAGUGCGGGAGGCCCAGCUGAAGCAGGAGGACGGCUCCUUUGUGAAGGUGGCUGUGAAGAUGCUGAAAGCGGACAUCAUCGCCUCGAGCGAUAUUGAAGAGUUCCUCAGGGAAGCGGCGUGCAUGAAGGAGUUUGACCACCCGCAUGUGGCCAAGCUUGUUGGGGUCAGCCUCCGCAGCAGGGCCAAAGGCCGCCUCCCCAUCCCCAUGGUCAUCCUGCCCUUCAUGAAGCACGGGGACCUGCACGCCUUCCUGCUCGCCUCGCGGAUCGGGGAGAACCCCUUUAUCCUGCCCCUGCAGACCCUGAUUCGGUUCAUGGUGGACAUUGCCUGUGGCAUGGAGUACCUGAGCUCCCGGAACUUUAUUCACCGAGACCUGGCUGCUCGGAACUGCAUGCUGGCAGAAGACAUGACGGUGUGUGUGGCCGACUUUGGACUCUCUCGGAAGAUCUAUAGCGGGGAUUAUUACCGUCAGGGCUGUGCCUCCAAACUGCCUGUCAAGUGGCUGGCCCUGGAGAGCCUGGCGGACAACCUGUACACGGUGCACAGUGACGUGUGGGCCUUUGGGGUGACCAUGUGGGAGAUCAUGACGCGCGGACAGACGCCCUAUGCUGGCAUCGAGAACGCGGAGAUUUACAACUACCUCAUCGGCGGGAACCGCCUGAAACAGCCUCCCGACUGUACGGAGGAGGUGUAUGAGCUCAUGUAUCAGUGCUGGAGUGCCGACCCCAAGCAGCGCCCAAGCUUCACCUGCCUGCGAAUGGAGCUGGAAAACAUUCUGGGCCACCUGUCCGUGCUGUCCACCAGCCGGGACCCCUUGUACAUCAACCUCGAGGGCGCCGAGGAGCCUGCUGAGGAAGGGAGCCGGGAGUUGCCUGGUGGGGAACAGGCCGGUGGCGGGGCCGAGAAUGGCAGUGGCGUAGGGGCAGUGGGGGGCACCCCCAGUGACUAUCGGUACAUCCUCAGCCCUGGAGGGCUAGCUGAGCAGCCCAGGCAGGAGGAGCAGCAGCCAGAAAGCCCCCUCAACGAGUCCCAGAGGCUUCUGCUGCUGCAGCAAGGGCUACUGCCCCACAGUAGCUGUUAG